AAAGAAAGAAGCCUCAGUACUACCGAUCAAGUCGACAACUGGUUUGAUUGCACAAAGCUAGAAAUUUAGGAAAUGAGCAACAAAACAGGCUCCAAUGGGAGUAUGGGCAACUCUAGCAAUCCCCGCCCAGGACAGUCUCCAUUCCCGCCUUCCAAUGCCCUUAUCCGACAAACGUCGCCAGGCUCGCAACAGAGCCAACCAUAUACGAGCUCAUAUAGCAACAACUUUGAUCGGAGCAGCGCCAGAUACAGCACAGGCAGAACCGAUGAGAGCUCACGAUACAGCCAGGAGACUACAGAACCUCCCAAGCUUUCACGCUCCCCUCCAACACGCCGGGAACAAAAGAAGCCCGAGCCAAACAAGAACUGGGAGGAUAGCAUCUAUGGAAUGUACGGAGAUAUAAAGACACCCAGAGAGCCGCCGCUUCCCCCACCGCCGAGGCAGCAGCAACAGCAACAACGCCGCCGAUAUGAGCAACCAGAAGAAGAUGAGGGGAAUAACUCUUUUGACGAAGAGGUACCACGGCGACCCCAGCCAAGGGCGGAACCUCAGAGACCACGCAAUAGCCGGCAGCGUCAGAAUUCGAGACCAGAGCAAAGGCGGCAAAAUUCUCGACAAGAUCAGCAAAGAAAUGAACAAGAUGACGACAGGGAGGAAGACGGAACGCGCAGCAGAGUACACGUCAACAUUGAUAUUGGUGGCGAUGGAGGCCGCUCCUGGUCAUGGACAUCCGACUCACGUGGGCCAAAUAUGGUAAACUUCGAUAACACUCCCUUUGUCGGCGGAGGCUUUCCCUUUGGUGGCCGGAACAAUAACGGCGGUAGACUUCCUGUCAAUAUCCCUUUUGGCGGAGGACUUCCGAUCAACCUUCCUUUCGGACUGUGAUGGCACGAUUGGAUACCAAAUGAAGCGCAUGUUUUGACGAUCAGACCUAGCCUCGAUACAGC